UGGUCCACCGCGCCCACUGGAAGCUGGAGGCUGCCUGGGAAGCUGGAGCAUCCCUGUUUUGUUCCCCACCGACCCAGAAUCAGUGAAGAAAAAGAAGCAUAGCCAAAGCUUUAUGUUGACCAUUUGAGCAGACAUGGGAUGCAGGAGGGGAGGGACUGGUCAAUCGCUGAGUUAGCUGACUGGGGCUUUUUUAAUUCAACACUAUAUCCAACACUAUGGCAAAGCAGUACGAUGUGCUCUUCCGACUCCUGCUUCUCGGAGAUUCUGGGGUUGGGAAAACAUGUUUGCUCUGCAGAUUCACGGACAAUGAAUUUCACCCUUCUCACAUUUCGACCAUCGGAGUCGACUUCAAAAUGAAGACACUAGUAAUAGAUGGUAUCAAAGUGCGGAUACAGAUAUGGGACACUGCAGGCCAAGAGAGAUAUCAGACCAUCACUAAGCAGUACUACAGACGAGCCCAGGGAAUCUUCCUGGUGUAUGAUAUCACGAGUGAGCGAUCCUUCCAACACAUCAUGAAGUGGGCCAGUGACGUGGAUGAGUAUGCUCCUGACAAGGUCCAGAAGAUCCUCGUAGGGAACAAGUCAGAUGAUGUGGACAAGAGGCAGGUGGCUACAGAGCAAGGUAUCAAGCUAGCUAAGGCUUAUGGAAUGGACUUCUUUGAGACAAGUGCCUUCACCAACCAUAAUAUAACAGAGACUUUCACACGACUGGCUGAACAGGUGCUGGCAGCCAAUAAAAAGGACCUGGAUCUCCUCCGGAUGUCCAUUAAUGACGAGAUUAAUCUUGCUGCUCUGGAGGAAGAGGAAGGACUCUGUGACAGUACAGCGGGCGACCAAGGCAAAGGCUGCUGGUGUUAAAGAAAUAACAGGAAUUAAGUUGAAUAUGUUAUCAGCAGACACUUUGCACACUCUGGGCAAAAUGUGUCUCCUUUUGUCUUUAGUUGAAAUAAAGAGGAACACUGAGCUGCUAUUGUGAAACCAGCUAUUUCCCUCUGUUUCACGGAGCAAUGCCAGAAAUGCUAAUGAGCCGUUUGAGAGCAGUUUCAAGGACAAAGGUGGAAACAUUUUGCCACAAUGUGCCAAAUGUGUUGUGAAUUAACCAACUGAAGGUCCAAAUGUCAGGCCUCCCUAAUGGGACAGAAUGCUUAUUGUCUAAGCACUAAUUCCUGCUCUGUUCAGUGUGUCUAUGAUGU